AGAGAAACAGAGAGAGAGAGAGAGAGAGACACAGGAGAGCCGCGCCGUGGACGACUCCGGCGGAUUAGGGAAUAGAAUAGUCAUUAUCGUGUAUACAUCCGUAUUCUACGAGCUAUCGGUCGCGCUCGUUCGGCGAGUCGGUCGUCGGUGGAGUGGCGAAACGCCGUGGCGAGCGUCGGUUCCAGUGGUGUGCGCGGUGCCGCGAGAUCGAACGACCUAGCCCGUCUCUGUUCCGUGACAUUGGAGCGCGCCGGCGAGCACGACGCGCGCGAGUCCACGGUUUCUACGGUGUGUGUUGGAGUGCGAGUUCGGGGGCUUCGUCUGGAUUAUCAGGCUCAAGACGAAGAGUAUCGACGCAGUAGCAGCGGCGCCGGCGAUUACCAGUGCUCGUGCUCGGGCAGUACGUGUGACUUGGACGUCAAGGACGCCUCGUUAAGAAGACCGCGGCGGGGGGGUGGUCGUGCUGGGGGCCGAGGGGGUGGUGAUGUGGCCGAACAGCCUCGGAGGUACAUCCGGCUGCAGCGGGGGCGCCGGUGCCACCGAUCUCGGGGGCCUCGCCGCCUCCACCACCUCGGCCUCCGAGCUCUUCGGGCCCGCGGCGUUCGGUGCGUCCGCCGCGGGGGCCUACGGUGCCCUUAAAACCAACCCCUACGUAAGUGCGCUCAGCAUACCACCGAUCGAGGCAUUGCAUUCCACCAUCGGCUAUCCCGGUUGUACACCCGCCGGUGAGUCCUACUACUGCAAUCCAAGGAAGCAACGACGGGAGAGAACGACGUUCACUCGGGCGCAGUUGGACGUGCUUGAGCACCUUUUUAACAAGACGAAAUAUCCAGACAUCUUUAUGCGCGAGGAAGUGGCGAUGAAAAUCAAUUUGCCAGAAUCGAGGGUACAGGUGUGGUUCAAAAAUCGAAGAGCUAAAUGCCGACAGCAGCAGAAGCAGCAGCAACAGCAGCAAGAUAAGGCGCCGAGAUCGAAGAAACCCUCGGGGAGUCCGGCCAGUAAUCCACCCCCUGGAAAAAGUCCUUCGAUUGCCACCACGCCCACGCCCGCCGCCGCGGUACCCGCCACUACACCCCUGAGCGGUGGCACCGGCGGAUCAGCGGCAAGCUCGCCGGCGCUUUUGAGGGAUUCGCCGCAGUAUAAGCCCGCGGGAAACGCUACCAGCUUGCUGUUGGCGGCCAGCACGACUCCACCGAGCUUAGGCAGCACGGUAUAUGGCAGCGGCGGCGGUAGCGGCAGUAUCUGGAGCCCGGCGGUGACGGAGAGCGGCGGAGGGUUUCCGGGUGACCAUCAAAGGUUAGCGUGGACGACGACCGCCUCCCAGCAGCAGUGCUAUCAGAAUUACUCGUCCUACUACACCAACAUGGAUUACCUCUCGCCAGCAUCGCAUCAGUUGAAUGUUGUGGACAGCGGAGGUAGCGGCCUUGACAACUCAUGGAGCAAAACGAGGGACGAGGGAACUUCGUCUUGGUUUUACAACAGCGCCGGAUGGGGCGAUCGAAAGUGAACCUACGAGGAUCGAGGAACGGGGCCUGAGUACAUAUCAUCGACAAUAGCGGCGAUUACGCGGCUCGAGAUGGAAGUACGUCGCGGUGCCAAAUGGAUCGCGGGAACAGCAUUAUUACCAGUGAAUGUCGAUUUCGAUUGAACAUAUCUUUAAUUCAGCCUACGUUCGGGCACACCGUGGAAUGCGGAGGCUGAGAGACCGCAAGAGUGCCAUACGUAUUAUCCUUCCGUAUUUAUUGAUACAUAAUAGCUUAAACAUACGGAAUGUUCUGCGCGUUUUGUGCUCUCCGUCAUCUGCAACGUUUCUUUUGCUGUCGGAAUAUUUGCGAAAAAUGUUUCCCGUCAUCCGUGGCUUAUUUUGUAAAAAGUAUGCCGCAUUAAAAAUAUUGUUAAUCGCAUAUAUUGAAAACGCCAAAAUACAUAUGAAUUAUUAUAUUAUCUAUUAUUAAAUUAUAUUAAUAAAAUAUAAUUAUUCUAACGCAUUAAUACAUCGUUCCAGAAAUGUUUCAGAUGAUGGAAAGUUAGAUAAUGGAACAUUCUAUAUUUAUGACGUAAUUGUUUCUUUAUGACCGACAUAUUAUGUGUAAUAUUCUUUAUUAUAUUAAUAAUACGAUUAUUACUUACGCUUUAAAGAAGUUGUAUCAAAUGAAACGAUAUUAAGUAACUCGUUUGUCUCGUACUAGAAAUUCGUAAAGAUUUUAAAUGGCAAUAUUUCGCAACUAUUGUUUUCCAAAUUUUGCAUUUUGGCGAUUGUUUCAAAAUUUGAUUUUGCAAAGUUAUUGAUAUCAACUAGUCACCAUAAUAGAAAUAAAUAUCGAGGAAGAUAAAUUAACGAUUAAUUGAAAGAAAAUGAAAAUUGAUAAGAAUGGAUCUUGAGUAAAUCAACGAAAAGUAAUUAUAAUAUAAUUAUGCCUUGUUUCUUGUAUAAGUCAUUGAUUUAUAUCAUGUUCUUAUGAUGAUUAUAAUGAUUUUCAUACUUCAGAUCUCUUUGUCAGUCGCAGAUAGCGAUUUUUAAGAGUGUGCUAUUCCAUGUGAUCUCCAGGAUAAAUAACUAUAUUGUACAUAAUAUAAAUACUUUUACGAUACCCAAGAAAGAUAAUCUAGAUAGAUUCACAUACGUGGAAACACUGAUGGUACUUUGGUUGAUUUAGCUCUCUCUCUCUUUCUCCAAUUAAAAGAAUAUACAUAUAAUGCGAAACUUUCAGCAAGAAAGUAUGCGCAUAUUACGUAUACACGCAGAACGCAUACCAUGUACAUAAAUUAUAUAUAAAGGUACAUAAUGCAGAUCUAUGUACAUAUGUAUCAUUCUUUCGUGUAGAAAUACACUACUUGACCAUCUAAAUGGACUCGUGGCGACAUCAAAGUUGUUAUUCAUUUUCUUUUCGAAUGCGUAUUUGUUAUAAAUUUAAUCAAUUGUACACCGUCCUGCUAUCAAAGAAUGCUUACCUCUCGGAUUACCUCUCGCGUGAUAUCACAUUCGUAUACAGAAGAAAAAUUAACGUAACAAAUGCUAAUGUAUAUCAUUAAUAAGCAUUACCUAUCAAUUUGCCAAUUUGCCAAAUUAGAUUCUUUUACGAAUAGAUUUUUUCAAACGAAGUCUCCUAUGAAACAUUUUUUCUAUAUACAUAUAUGUCCGAUAUUUCUUAUUUUUUACACAAGAGAGCAUCUUCUUAUCUAUGACCACGAAUCAAUUCCUCGAAUUUGUUAUUAGUGACAAUUAAUAUUGCAAUAUCGAAAAUCUUUUUUAAAUACAUCAGAGCAAUAUUCUGAUGUAUGUCGAAAUUUACGCCUUGUAUAUUUCGAACAUAAUCAUUCGAACAUAAUUCAAUCGAAUCUGUGAACUGUACAUAAAUUUAUUUAUUAUCAGAGUGCAAAAAAUGCUUCUAGGUCAAUGAAAUAAGUUGCGUAUAAUUAUUUGGUACAAUUUUUAAUUUCGUUACCUGAUUCGAGGCAAAAUCUUUCACGACGAAGUUGCGUGAGAAAUUCAACUAAAUACCGAAUGUUCUCUACUCAGAUGUGAACGUCGAUUGAUUAUAGGAUAGCCACAUAUGUAAAGUGAAAAAGAAAUUAAGAUCCAUAGGAAUAUAAGUAUGUGACUGUUUAGAUUGUUAUUAUAAAUAUUAUCAAUAAUUAUAAGACGAAGAAAACAACGACGUACAUGUCUCUACACAAGAUGUAUGAAGAUAAUAUAUCAAAUUUGAAUUGUA